UUCGUUGAGUCAUUUGUUAUUGUUAAGUUCAGUUUUUCAUCAAAUUCGUAAAUUUUUCAUUAAUUUUCACGUAAAAUGCCUCCAAAGAAGGAUAAUAAAGGCGGCGCUAAAGGAGGAAAAGCCGGCGGAAAGUCAGAUGAUGGAGAAAAAGCCGGCAAGGAGAAAAAAGGAGGAAAUGCUGUCAAAGUUCGUCACAUUUUGUGCGAAAAACAGGGAAAAAUCCUCGAAGCCAUGGAAAAACUGAAAGCAGGACAAAAAUUUCCCGAAGUUGCUGCGGCAUACAGCGAAGACAAAGCCCGUUCAGGCGGAGAUUUGGGUUGGCAAAUACGUGGCGCGAUGGUUGGACCCUUUCAAGAUGCAGCAUUCGCAUUGCCCAUUAGUACAGUAGCGAAUCCCGUUUAUACUGACCCUCCAAUAAAGACGAAAUUCGGUUAUCAUAUCAUCAUGGUUGAGGGAAAGAAAUAAAAAUUAAUUAUUUUUUUUUA